UACAGGUUCACGAAGCUGAAGAAGCAUGUAUUGGCCAAGCACAAGAACGACUCUCGUGGUUGUGUCCAUACUGUGCAUGUAUAUGAACGGAUUCAACCUGACGUCCAGGCUGUUCGGCUACUAUUAUACACUGCGGAGGUACGAAGUAGCCCAAGCCGUUCCUGACGUGUACGAUCUGUCGAAAUGGGUGAACAACCGGAAAACCUCUGACAGAAUCACCAUGGGCCUGGCAGGCGUCAGCUUACUGUUCGACGUCGCUCUCUUCACUGGUGCCCUCAAGAACGACGUAUUUCUGAUAGAGAUCGCCGGACUCUGGGGAUCGAUCGACUGCGUCACAGACGCGGUUAUUGGGUUCCUGUCGGCCAACUACACACUACCUGCCUUCUUGAACAAGGACAGAGCUCAGAUCAAUGCGUAUAUGGUGCUAGAGGCCUAG